UUCAAUUGCUUACUUAUAUUCCUAAGUUCAGAAAAAAAAAAAAAACGAGAGGCUGUAUUAUCGUGUCACCUCUUCAGGAGGAUGACUGUUUCACUGCUCCUAGAAAUGUUUCACCAUUAACUAGUAAAAAUACCUAACACACUCUCAAAUUGAUGGAAAAUGUGGUCAACUUUCGUUCAACAUUACAAGGAUCCGCUCUUAGUUGCUAAAAUUCAAGAAUUUUUUGGUAUUCAAAUUCAUUAUAAAAAUAACAGUCAUGAAGAAACAAAAAAUAAAAGUGGUAAUGAAAAGUCAAAAAGCGAGAAGAAUGGCCUCAAUAGUGAAAAAUCAAGUACAUUAGUUCAUGGAUCUUACAAUCAAAUAAAUGAAAACACAACAAGAGAACGUCACAAGGAUGUAUUAUCACCAAGCAGCGAGAUAUCAGCAAUUGAAAAUACUAAAUCCCAUACAAUAAAAAAUCAAUUUUGGUACUAUCUGUUUGUAUUUGGUACAGAAUUGGGAGAUGAAAUUUUUUACUCACUAUUCUUUCCAUUUUGGAUCUGGAAUAUUGAUGGCACGGUUGGGAGGAGGAUUAUCUUAGUUUGGUCAAUUAUUUUGACUACAGGGCAAGUUCUGAAAGAUAUUAUUUGUUGGCCUAGACCUUCAUGUCCACCAGCAGUGAGAUUGCAAAAGAAAUGGUCAUUAGAGUAUGGAAUGCCAUCAACACAUGCCAUGAUUGCUGUUUCAAUUCCUUUCAGUGCUGUUUUUUUCACUAAAAAUAAAUACAUUUAUUCUUUUUCUGCUGGAUUUGUCAUAGCUAUUCUAUGGUGCUUAUUGAUUUGUGUCAGUAGAAUAUACUUGGGCAUGCAUACUGUGCUUGAUGUCAUUGCUGGAUUAGUACUAGCUAGUGGAAUGAUGAUAGUUUUGGUCCCACUUGUAGAUGCAAUUGAUGACUAUUUCAUUACUAAUAACUGGGCUAUUUUAACAUUGUUUAUUAUCGGAGUAGGAACAAUAGUUUAUCAUCCAACCAGUGGCAUAUGGACACCAACAAGGGGCGAUACAGCACUUGUUGUUGGAACUGGCACUGGAAUUCAUUUAGGUUACUGGAUAAACUACAAGACUGGAAUACUUACAGCAUCUCAAUUACCUCCUCCAUAUAAUAUAACUUGGCCAACUAACCAAGAUAUUGUUAAAAUAAUAUCAAGAACUCUUUUAGGUUUUACCUACAUAUUAGUUCUAAAAGCGUUAAUAAAAAGUUUCAUUUAUUUUAUAAUGUGUGCCAUACUUAAAGUGAAUUCUAAGGAAUUGAAAAGAAGUGAAAACUCCUUGGAAAAUAAAAAUAAGAUACUAGUCGAUUUAGUUUACAAAUAUAUAUUUUGUUUUGUGAUAACUUGUAGUAUGACUUCUGUACUGCCCAAGAUUUUUACCGUGAUUGGUAUUGAACGACCAACUUUUUACACUGAACUUUAAACGAAUUUGUUAUUUCAUGCGAUUUAAGGCACAAAUGCUGCACAAGAGUAGUUUAUUUUGCUAGAGCAAGAUAGUAAAAAGCGAAGUCUAAUAUAAAUUGUCAUUUAUAACUUUAAAAAAACGAGGCCCAAGAUUGUAACUUGAUGUACAUUUUAAGGAUGCUACUGUCUUUUUUAAAAAAUUUUGUCAAAAGAAAAAACUUACCAUUACUGAAACAAAUUAAAAAAUGAUGAAAAAUGUAUAUAUAAGUUUUAUGUAGGUCAAUACGUCGUAUUACUCUAAUAAUAAAUGCAGCAGUAGAGCCUUAUGUGCAAAGGGGUAGUUCUUGUUUUUUUUUUUUUAAUUUUCAGAGAUUAAAACUGUUGAAUUGUAGUUAGAAGAAAUAUGUUUGAUAAAAUAAUUAAUAAAAUACCAAUGUUUUUGUUACAUUUUUUUAUUAAAAAUCAUAAACUAACU